AUGCAGAAGGUCAGGAAGAUCUGGGACGGCCCUCACAAUACUCGGGAGGCUGCCGUGACGACUCUACCUUCGGAGCGUAAAGACAGAGCUCCCAUUGACAAUCGGCAGUCUACCAAUGGACUGCAGCGAACAGACCCUGAUUUAUUGGAGACGGAGACUAUUGCCAGCUUGAGGCAAAAGAUCAAAGAAGUGGACCAUGAGACCACGCUGCUCAAGCAGCGACAUAGUCACGAGCAGGCCGAGCAGAAGAACGCUUUCGAGGCCGAAAUCCAUAAACUUCAGCUCCAGGUGUUCCAGGAUCUGCGCGGUGAUUGUUUCCAACCGGAAGAUGACACAACCAUAACGCAUGGAUUCAUGCGUAUCCAGAACACAAUCUUGAUGUUUGCAAAAGAGUAUGCUUCAGAUAGUCUGGCAGAUCUGGCGUCACAACCGGAGUGGGUGGCUACCGAGCUGACCCACGCGCUGAACGCAUGUGAAGUGGCAUCUUUCUCGCCGACUAACAGCUUAUCACGUCUCGCGCAAGUACGACAUAUGACACGUCUUUGUCUCACUGGGCUACUUUCCUCGGCAGUACAUACGAUGGCACUCGACAACCCGUUCUUCUUCAUGUCGGAUAGCCUGCAGGCGAGCUUCGAUGAGCUACCGGAUCAGUUGCAGGGACUCAGUAACCGCAUCGAUCCAGCCGACGCUUUCCACAAUACAUUCCACAUGAUCUCAGAUGGUAACAAUACUGCCCUGCUACAUGAUUGUUCACGGACUGAUGCUCAGCCAGUUGACCCGGGAAAGGCACACAUCUGGAGAUCUGACACAUUGCGAGCACUGACACCUGACAAGCAGGACACCAGCAUAGGAGCAUGCCAAUUACGUGACCACGUACAGAGCGAGCUAGUAGACAAGUGCGCCCGAGAGGCAGAUCUAUUCGAGCAUGGGCCCGCACGACUGCUGAUGACCCAAGCGGACGACACCCUGAAUGACGUCCGCAGACAGAAGCUGAGGAAGGUGUUCAAGGACGCUGGAGGCUUUGCCAUGGGUCUUUGGACUCAGCGGACGGGCAUCGAGUACCGAUUCAGGCAAGAACCGGCAGAUCAGAACUUCUUAAUUUCGUCGCCUUUCAUGCAGGCUCACCCGCUCCACAAAUUGGAUAAUCCCGAUGAUCAUAGUCUGGACGGUGCACCGGUGAGAUUAGUGCUUCAACCAACGGUAUUACGCUUAGGUACACAUGGAGCCGAGAGCUACGACCAGAAAAGUGUGUGGGCAAAGGCUCUUGUGUGGAUCGACACCCACGGGUAG